AAGAGGCGCUGGGACUGCCGAGUUGCAGCAAGAGUUAGGAAUAGCGGCUGGUUUCGCUCUCGGCCAGGUCCAGGAAGGCAGGCCCCAGCCGCUUCCCUCUGCCUCCCCGGCCGAAUCCCCUUCCCGGGUGGGCGGAACCCAGUGCGGCCCUAUCGCGAGGGGCGGAAGAAAGGCCAAGGGCGCCUGGGAGGUGCAAUUACCCCCACCCUCCGUUUCAGAGUAUAUUAUAGGGGAGGCAGGCAGGGAGUGAGGCAGCUGAGUUCGGCUCCAGCUGCUCUUGCUCGAUGGCUGCGUUGAUGGGGUCCCUGGUGCCCGAGCUGCAGCGCCUGCUGGAGAAAGACCCCUACCUGGCUCCCUUUGAGCAAGACUUCCAGCGCAGGUAUGGCAUAUUUCAUCACAUCUUGAAGAGUGUUGAAGAAUCUGAAGGUGGCCUCGAUAAAUUCACAAAGAGUUACCUAACAUUUGGAGUCAACAGAUUUGUGGAUGGCGGAAUAUACUGCAAAGAAUGGGCUCCUGGGGCUGAAGCAGUGUUUCUCACUGGAGACUUCAAUAACUGGAAUCCAUUUUCCCAUCCAUACAAGAAAAUGGAUUUUGGGAAAUGGGAGUUGUUCAUCCCACCUGGACCAGAUGGAUUUUCUCCUGUGUCUCAUGGAUCAAAACUGAAGGUGGUGAUUCGAACCCGAAGUGGAGAGGUCCUCUACCGUAUUUCUCCUUGGGCAAGAUAUGUAGCUCGUGAAGGUACCAAUGUUAACUAUGAUUGGAUAUUCUGGGACCCACCAAACCCAUACAGGCGGAGACAUCCUGUUCCUAAGAAGCCUAAAAGCUUAAGGAUCUAUGAAUCUCAUGUGGGAAUUGCUUCCCCUGAAGGGAAAAUAGCUUCAUAUAAAAACUUCACACACAAUGUACUUCCGAAAGUCAAGGAUCUUGGUUAUAAUUGUAUUCAGUUGAUGGCUGUGAUGGAACAUGCUUACUAUGCUAGUUUUGGUUAUCAGAUCACAAGCUUUUUUGCAGCAUCAAGCCGUUACGGGCCUCCAGAUGACCUGAAGGAACUGAUAGAUGUUGCCCAUUCUAUGGGAAUUACAGUCCUGUUGGAUGUGGUACAUAGCCAUGCAUCUAAGAAUUCUGAAGAUGGACUGAACAACUUCGAUGGUACCGACAAUGCCUUUUUUCACUCUGGUACUAGAGGAGUACAUGCACUCUGGGAUAGUCGACUCUUCGACUAUGCAAACUGGGAAGUCUUGCGGUUUCUUCUUUCUAACCUAAGGUGGUGGAUAGAAGAAUAUGCAUUUGAUGGCUUUCGAUUUGAUGGUGUAUCUUCUAUGCUAUAUCAUCAUCAUGGUAUUGGUGAAGGCUUCAGUGGAGAUUAUAAUGAAUACUUUGGUAUGCAUGUUGAUGAAGAUGCUCUGGCAUACCUGGUGAUGGCAAACUACAUGAUUCAUUUCUUACAUCCAGAAUGCAUAACAGUGGCAGAGGAUGUGUCUGGAAUGCCAGCUCUUUGCUGCCCAGUGAAAGAAGGAGGAUGUGGAUUUGAUUAUCGGCUGGCCAUGGCAGUUCCAGACAAAUGGAUCCAGAUAAUUAAGGAGCUUAAGGAUGAAGACUGGGAUAUGGGAAAUAUAGUAUUCACACUAACAAACAGACGAUAUGGAGAGAAAUAUAUUGCAUAUGCAGAGAGUCAUGACCAGGCCCUUGUUGGUGAUAAGACUUUGGCAUUUCGUCUGAUGGAUGCAGAGAUGUAUAACUAUAUGAGUGUCCUCACACCUCUUACUCCAAUUAUUGAUCGUGGCAUACAGAUUCAUAAGAUGAUUCGGCUCAUUACUCAUGCACUUGGAGGAGAGGGCUAUCUCAACUUCAUGGGCAAUGAGUUUGGACAUCCAGAAUGGUUGGAUUUCCCCCGAAAAGGGAAUAAUGAAAGCUACCAUUAUGCUAGAAGGCAGUUUCAUUUAGCUGAUGACCAGCUUCUUCGCUAUAGAUUCCUCAAUGAUUUUGACAGAGAUAUGAACAAACUGGAAGAAAUAUUUGGUUGGCUUUCAUCACCCCCGGCUUACAUCAGUGAGAAGCAUGAAUCAAACAAAGUUAUUGCAUUUGAGAGGGCAAACCUCUUGUUUAUAUUCAAUUUCCAUCCAUCUAAAAGUUAUGCAGAUUAUCGAGUAGGUACAGAAAAACCUGGAAAGUUUAAAAUUGUACUGGAUUCUGAUGCUCCAGAAUAUGGAGGGCAUAACAGACUGGACCAUAACACAGAAUUCUUCACUCAAAAUUACUCACAUAACAAUAGACCUAAUUCUCUUCUGCAACCCAGAUCACUGAAUGAAAGUGAUGGCCAACCCCGAGGACAGCUGCAUACAUACUUCCUGGAGGUGUACAUUCCCAGCAGAGUGGCCUUGGUGUUCCAAAAUAUGGAUAUCCAGAACUGAAAAAUCCUCCUAGAACUAGAUCCAUGACUGCAAAGAUCAAGCAGGGUUUUGAUCUAAUGGUACUGCUGUAUUUACCAGUUUGGAAACAUUUCAAUAUGAAGAGAUGUUAAUACUGUUUGAAACAUAUAGUAAUUAUUUAUUUAUAAUUGCAAAGGUUUUCCAUUGGGAAAUGCACAUUCAAAGCAAACAUGUAAAAGGAGAAGAAAGAAAAUAGCAUUGUUAACAGCUGGAUGUUCUGGAAUUUGGUGCCAGGGCAGCUGCUAUCCUCAAAGUAAUGCUCGCAGUAUUUUAUCAGGAAAUGCAUGUUAGUUUCCAAAAAAAUUCUACAAUAUCAUUUAUAAUUUGCUGUUCAGAAUGGUUUUUUAGACUACUUUUUGUAUUAGAACAAGGAAAAUUUGAAGAUUAUUUUGUUAUCAAUUUCUCUUAACACAUACAUAAUUAUAUAACUCUAGAUUCCAAAGUAGUGGGUUGUUCUGUGUUUUCUUAUAUUAACCCGUUUUAAAAGGCUUGUAAAGCUUCAUUAAAAUGUAUGCAAAAAUGAUUUGUAGCAAUCAUAAGAGUGAAGAUAUUCUAUUUGUAGAAUGACACCAACCAUCAUUCUUGUAAUAGCCCCAUUGACAAUACAGCAUUGGUGGAUUUAGUGCUUUCAAAAUGUAUGGAAGUGGCUCAGUUUUGAAAUGAAUGAUUAAAUAUGUUUCGCUUCUUUUAAAUGGUUGAAAAACUAAAUGUUCAAAUCAAACUUUUCUGGCUAUAAUGUUGAGAAUCCUGUGAUCUAAGGUAAAAUUUAAUAGGUAAAUGAGACAAUAUCUGGAUAAAAGUAUUGUGAGGAUUGUGUUUUCUGAAUUUUGCAAACAAAGGCGGGAACCUUUGGCUUUCCUGAAGUUUUGGCCUACACUUCUCUUAGGGCACUUCCAGACAGUCCAGAAAUCUGCACCAAAGUGGGUUUUAAAAACCCUCUUUGGUGUGAAUUUCUGUCCCCACUCCCACCCAAAAACCUAGUCUUUCCUGGGGGGUUGGCUACAUGCCAUUCUGAUUACAAUCAGGAUGGCAUGCAGCCACCCCAAAGGCCUCCAAAUUUCCACCUAAAAAGUAAAAAAACAAAACCAAAAACAUUACCUUGCUGUUAUAACAUUCCUCCUCAUGCCAUGAGGGUGUGAGGAAAUGCUGUGCCAGGAGAUUUGGGGGAGGGGGGGGGGAGAGAUUGAGAGAUUGAGAGACCUCCCCCGGGUCUCCUGGCACAAGGAGGAACUUUAUAGCAGCCAGGUAAGAUUUUUUUUAACUUUUUAGGGGGAAUGGGGGUGGGUUCCAUUCCAGUCCUUUAAGCUCCAGGAUAGCAAAUGGAGACUCACCCCCAGGUAUUCCUAGGACUACCAAGAAGGCCCAAUAUUCCAUUAGACACAGGCCUUUCAGGAAGGUCCAGAUCUAGCAGGGUUUCUAAUUAAUUCAGAAUAAUUUAGAUUAUUCCACAUUCAUUCAGUUUUGCUAGAGGCAUUGUUUGGAUACCUCCAGUUAAACCAAGACAGGUCCCGAGUUUUGGGCCAGUCUAGAUGGGCCCUUAUUGUUGUCCAUCCUGGAAGUGCUUUUUGAGAGUUACAAUGUCAAGAGCUACAUAUUCCCCUAAUCUAGAAAGUUACAAAGGUUCCUCAACUUUGCUAAUAAAAGUCACAUCAUUUUCAAGCAUAUUUAAAAUGAAAUUAAUGCAUAAAUUCUUUACUUUUUAAUGUUUCCUUUGUGUUAAAUCAGGUUAUAGCCAUUAGCACGAACCUUACCCCUUGUGUCCAACUUUAUUACAUUGCUUCACAUUUCAAAUCCAACUGUUCUGUUCUCCAUGAAUGAAGAUACAGAGGAAAUUAUUAUUUCAAUCCAGCCGGGUAAUACAUUUGAAAUGACAGCUGGAAACAUCUGAUCCUUCUAAAAAAAGAACCAUGUCAUAGGUGUGGAAGAUGUAUUUUGAAUUAUUUAAAAAUAAAUAUCACAUCAUAAAAAAUCAGAAGGUAAAAUGUUUACAGAAGAAUUCUUGUGGACAUGUAUUUGACCAGCUCUUGUCUCACUUUGCAAUAUACAAAGCACUUGUGCCAGUAUUCAUUGUGCCUUCUUAACACUUCACAAAAGCAAGCAUUCCGGAUCAAAGUAGUCAGUGUCAUUAUGGUCCACUUGUUGUACAUCUACAGUGUAGUUUACAUGCUAUAGAAGCAGAAUGAAUCGUGUGGAUCAUUCCCACGUUUACAAAAAAUGUCUAGUAAACCAGGCCUAUCAACACCUAUAUAUAGCUAUAGCUAGAUAUGUAGACCUGACAACACAAACCUUACCCCUCUGCCUACAAACAGAGGAAUUUGUAAACAGUCACACCUACUGUAGUUAGUUAAAUAUGUUCGCAAAUAAUCUAUAUUGCUGCGCUGAUUAAUAUCCCAUUGGCCAAAGCAAUAUAAUUGUCAAUUGUUAAAAAAUGAGUAAGUUCCUGUUCGAACAGUUAAAAACCACAGUCAUUCUAUAAUUCUUUUGCAUAUGUUAAAUCUGAAGGGGAAAUAAAUAACUCUAUGAAUAUAUGAUAUACUUUUGUUAAAUUGAUUUAUUAAUAUAUAAUGAAGUUUUUUCUAGCCCUGUGUAUGGAAAUGUAAAGGAUAUUGUUUAUGUCAAACUUAUGCAAGAAAAGCAAUAAAUAUGUAAUGUGUUUAGAAACUAAAAA